UUCAAAUUCCAUUAUUUUCCAGGUAACAACAGGAAACAUUUAGGACAUACAGACACUUGUAGCAUAUUAGAAUCGAACAUGCUUCUGAAUGGAUUCUUGUAAUUUUAAGUUUCGAUUCGGAUUAAUCAGCUGUUGGUUAUUACUUGUUUCAACUAUUUCUUGCACGUUGCAAUGGAUAUAUACAAGAAGCAUUACUCUUAAUGCCGGUAAGAUUGAAAGUGUCAACAAGAUUAACAAUAUAAAUAUUUAUCCAACUAGAAAUUAUACUAUUGAAGAUUAUAAGCAAAUAACAGCUCACGUGCAACAAAGAUUUUACGACCUGCAGAAUCCAUAUGAUUGCAAAAAAGCAAGGAAGGUGGUAUGUGAUACUCGAACAAAUGGAUUCGGGAGUGAAGUACAUCUACUAACAAUCUGUUUAACGAUUGGCUUCAUGACAAACAGAACUGUUAUUAUUGAAUCAGAACAAUCGCAAUAUUCAAAAACAGGAUGGAAUGGUUUGCUGCUACCGAUGAGCAACAAUUGUACACAACUUUACAAUCAGACAUCACAAUUAGUAUUGAGUUUGUUCAAGUCAGAUGAUAUGCCUGUAAUAAAAGUUGGAUACAAAUCAUUCUACUUUGAUUUGCAACUUAUACUCCCCCACUACAUAGUGGAUGUGGUAAAAUGUUUUCAUUCCGACCCACAACUGUGGUGGGCUGGACAAAUCGCCAACUAUAUCCUUAGACCUACUCAGCGCGUUAGAAAUCUCAUUGCCAAACAAAAGCAGGAUCUUGGUUUCCAGAAUGUGAUUGUUGGACUUCAGGUUCGAAGGACAGAUAAAUUGUCUGAGGCAUACUACUACAAUUUAACAGACUACAUGGACAUUGCAGAGAAAUGGUACAAUGAUUACGAGAAAACAUCGGGAUAUACAAAGGUUAAACGUAGAAUAUUUUUGGCAACAGAUGUACCUGAUGUCGUCUUGGAAGCAAAGAAAUCUUACCCAGCCUACAAAUUUAUCAAUGAUAUCAAUGCUACAAUUGCAGCAAACAAACGUGAAACACGAUUUACAUUUUCAUCUUUGUCCGAUAUCAUAGUCGAUAUAUUUUUGUUAUCAAUGUGUGAUUACAUUGUUUGCACCAUGACGUCUAACGUGUGUAGACUAGCGUAUGAGCUGAUGCAGAGUCGCCAUAUAGAUGCGUCAACAUAUGCUAAAUCACUAGAUUGUGAUUACUAUAUCCAAAGACUAUACAAAGCCCAUUGCAAGAAGCAACCCACACGAGUAGAGCAGUUGAUGAACAUUACUCACAACACAUUUCAAUGAUACCUAACACUACUCUUUUUCACUUGACAAGUAACAAAAAUAUGAUUACGUGUAUGUAAUAACUGAAACUAAAUGUUAAAAACAUGGACUGGCAGAUUGAUGCAAAAAAAAAUACACACAGCAUAAUGCAAAAUUAACAAAAUAUAGCUUUUGAUCGCGUGUUUGGAAUAUUGAAACGGAAUACCUUACCUUGAUACCCUGGACAAAGGAUUUGUAUUUUUUAUGUGAAUACGUUAAUUUGAUAGUUUGAUCUAAAACCGUUUCUUUACACACCUUAAUGUAAUGAUUUGUAUUUAUUUGUAGCAAUGACCAGACAGGAUGACAAUCCUUUCUGAACUAUCAUUUCACAAACAACCAAUUGAUGCAGAUUGAAUACAUACACCAAUCACCAUAAUCAUGCUAAUUGUACCGAAGGUAUUUACGAAAGCCGAGGCCUAUUAGUAGGCUCAUUGUGAAAACAAACUUUCUGAAUUAGUUAAAUCUUUAAUAAAAAAUGAAACACAAUACGUUAUUAUAUUACUUAAUUCAAAUUAAUUCGAUACCGCUUGUAAAUAUGAUACUUAUAAAUAAAGCUGUAAAUGUGGUUAAAUAUUUUUACAAAGAGACAUGAGCUACAACAAUUCAAGAACUUUGAAUAACGUGUCUUAAAUUAAAUUAAAUCACAACUGGUUCAAGAGGCACAUAUGAAAACGAAAUACAAAAUAAUCAGUCUUUUUGGCUGGUCUAAAAGAUUUUGGUUGGGUUGGGUUGUACGUCUUCCAACUUUGCAAAGGUCAUUUGGCAACAUCCGAAGGAUGACUUAAUUGUUUUAGUUAAGAACGGCAC